UUAACGCCGAACCGCGCGCCCGCGCAUCGCCAGGCGGUGCAGGCCGGCGCGCCUGCGUGGAUUCAUUCCGCCACUGGCCGACCCAACGGUCACACGCACUUGUGCAGCAUCGCUCGCCUCGAGAGUUACACGUGUAUGGUGUAUCAUAGAUUUAGCUUGCCUAAUUAAAGUGAUUUAUCUCUCCAUACACCGUGUCAUCAUUUUCAACAACCCUCGUCAACAAGAUUCGAGCCGGAUACGUCUUUGGAAACCGUUUCGAAGACAAAGCGGAACAAAGAAGUAUUGACAUUGACGAGGUCAUUCGAGAAGAAUCGAGACACGAGUUGCCACGCAGUGCAUGAAACACGGCGUGAAUCAUCCAAUCUACAAACGACAAAAUCAAGAAAUACGGUCGUCGCUGUGCUGUAUUUUGUAACCACUACAGUUCGAGAAACCAAGAUACGGGGUUUGCAGUGUGGUACUUGUGAGUUCGUUCCAAUUAUUCCGUAAUUCGUAUUGAAUUCCAUUCUAUUUUUUUCCCAUAAAUUAUUACCUAACAAUAUCCACGUACGAUAAUAUUUCAUGAUCGAGCACGUGGAUUAAUUCAAACAGUGCACAUCGCCAUGCUAGGAUUACUUUCCUUAUAAAAUACCUUCCGUUAAAUCGUAACGGUAUUAAUUUCCCGAUAAUAUUCCACCUUUCUCAAAUUUAACGUAAUCUUUGUUAUCCACUUUUAUACAGAGGUCUCAUUUACUGUGUUGUACCAAUUAUACCAGUGCAGUUUAAUCCAUUGUACAUUUCUAACGAUCUUCCUUUUUUUAACAUUUCAGCCGAACCGAGGGUCCAAGGUCCACGGCGCUUGGCCUACGUGACCGCGAGGCGGUCGCGCUGUAGCAAACCAAGCCUACCCUCUCUGCUUCGCAUUAUUUCUGCCGCUACUUGCCUGCUUACCUGCAAAUAGUAUUUCUUGCCUGCAUUUUCGAAUUUAAGUAUUUCUUCAUAUAAUUCCUUUCACUUCGCUUUCAUUUCCUUGCGUAUUAUAAUUGUUGUGGCUUUCAGCUGGGCAGUUUGAGAGUGAUUUUAUUACAUACCUACUUGCAUUUACUUAUUCGCACAAUGGAUCUUAAAUCAUUAAAGAAAACUAGAGCUAGCCAUAAAGCAAAGCUUACCAUAUUUAAAUCAUAUAUAGACACAUUUUUGCCAAAUAAAAUUCUGAAUAAGGUUCAAGUUUUUGAGAUAACAGCUCGCUUAAAUAAAAUACAAGAUUUGUACAACGAGUUUGACUCUGUUCAGACUGAUAUAGAAGGUAUUGUGGAAAUUCCAGGUGACGAGCACAAAGAACGGGAAAUAUUCGAAACCAGCUACUUCGGUUGCGUGGCUGUUGCGCAGGAGCUGCUCAACGCUGCCUCUGCGGGGCAGGAGACCGGAUCGGUGGCGAGUUCUAGUGACAAAACUGGACAUCCGGGUUUGCCAAACAUUAAAUUACCUACUAUAAAACUGCCGAUCUUUUCUGGACGCUAUCAGGAAUGGUUAGAAUAUCACGACACUUACAAGUCCCUAAUACACGACAACACAACAAUACCUAAAAUUCAUAAAUUUCAUUAUUUGCGUAAUUCAUUAAAGGAUACUGCAUCAUUAAUUAUUAAAUCAUUGGAAUUCUCUGCAGAUAAUUAUGACGUCGCAUGGGAUUUGCUUUGCGAUCGAUAUCACAACGAUCGAAUUCUAGUCAACAACCAUAUACAAGAAUUAUUCAAAAUACAACCAGUAGUUAAAGAAUCUUCACAGGCCUUAAGAAACACAAUAGAUUCAGUCAAUAGAAACUUAAGGGCUCUAAAAACAUUACAUUUACCUACCGAACACUGGGACAUGAUCAUUAUACACAUGGUGACUAGCAAGUUGGACCCAUCUACAAUACGUGACUGGGAAAGAGAACGCAACAGUAUCACACGAUUACCCACUUUACAUGAAUUUAAUACAUUUUUGAAAAAUCGUGCUGAUAUUUUGGAAACUAUUGAAGAAUCAUCAGUACAUACAACUCAGCAGCAAUCACAACGUAGACACAGCGACAUCACCCACAAUCGUUCUAAGACAUUCCUAGUUAACCAACCAACCAAAAACCAAGCACAAUUUAAAUGUCCUGUGUGCAAGAAUAAUCACACUAUUUACCAGUGUGUUAAGUUCAAAUCAAUGCCAAUCGAGACGCGUAUUGAACGAGUCAAACAAUUAAAUUUAUGCACAAAUUGCUUGCGGGCAGGACAUGACGAACAGCGUUGCAGGCUUAGUUCCUGCAGGCUGUGCACACAGCGUCAUAACACUCUGCUACACAAUAGUAAUACUGUUCCCAAAGCUUCAAUUUCAUCAGAAGAGUGUGUCGUUUUACCAACUAUGCAGGAACAAAAACAAACAGAAUCAAAUAGUGUCACACUCUCAUCCGUACAUCACAAUCAGGUACUCUUAUCCACUGCUAUAAUCAAUAUACAAGAUUCGUACGGUCUUACACACAAGGUUCGAGCACUCCUCGACAAUGGAAGCACUUCUAGCUUCAUCACAGAGACAUUGCGAAUUAAAUUAGGAAUACCCAGUUAUUCCACUUCGCUAUUAGUACAAGGACUAAACAAUCAGUCCUCAAAAAUUACACAAAGAUGUGAUGUCACAAUAUCAUCACUCACAAACAGUGGUUACACAACUGACGUCAAUUGUUUCAUUGUACCACAUAUCACCCAGUUGAUACCUACUUCACAGAUUAAUUGCAAUUCGUUUUCUAUUCCCGCACGCAUUCACCUCGCAGAUCCAAGUUUCUCAACACCGUCUGAGGUACAGAUGUUGCUAGGGGCGGAUAUAUUUUGGGAUGUCCUCCUGAACAAUCAUAUUGCCCUGGGAAAAAACAAACCAACCUUGAUUGAAACAACAUUAGGGUGGCUCGUUACAGGUUCUAUACAAUCAUUUAACUCUAAACUUAAUACAAAUCAAAAACAUACAGUCCAUUGCCAUUUCCUAAACAACAACGAGAUCGAAGAGAAAUUAAACAAAUUUUUCGAACUAGAAUCAGUUCCCUCUACUCAACAAAUCCAUACUAAAGGUGAGAGUGAGUGUGAACAAAUAUUUACACAAACUACAAAGCGCCACCCAGAUGGCAAAUUUAUUGUUAUCAUACCAUUAAAGGAAUCAUCAGAAUCCUUAGGAGAUUCCAAACAGCAAGCUCUAAUACGGUUUCAAUCAUUGGAACGUAAAUUUAAACGUAACCCAGAGUUCAAGGAAAAAUAUACCAAUUUUCUUGACGAAUAUUUAAGUUUAGGUCACAUGUCAGAAAACAAUACUACACACAAAGAUAGCAUUUCAUACUUUAUGCCGCAUCACGGUGUCUUACGUGAAGAUAGCUCCACUACAAAGUUACGCACCGUCUUUGAUUGUUCAGCUACGACAAGCACGGGCAAGUCAUUAAACGACAUCCAGCAUAUUGGGCCAACUGUACAGGACGAUUUACUUAGUAUAUUAAUCCGAUUCCGACAGUAUAAGUUUGUAGUAACGUCAGAUAUUGAAAAGAUGUACAGACAAAUCUAUGUACACAAUAGUCAACGAUGCUUACAACAAAUAUUUUGGCGUUCAGAUCCCAGUCAGCCAAUUAAACAAUAUAAAUUAAACACUGUCACAUACGGGAUGUCGUCAGCACCGUAUCUAGCGACCAGAUGUCUAGUCCAGUUGGGCCAAGAAUGUACCGAUAAGGACGUACGUGAGUCAAUUUUGCAUGAUUUUUAUGUAGACGACUAUAUAUCAGGGCAUGAGGAUGAAAAAACAUUAAUACAAAGAUGUCAGGGCGUCAUUAAAAUUUUAGAGGGCGCUCAUUUCCAUUUACGUAAAUGGCGGUCCAAUAAACCGUCUAUCCUGGACGAUAUUAUCGUUAAUGAAAACAACAACACAGAUAAUUCAUUAAACCUAAACAAGGUUGAUCAUGCAAAAACAUUAGGGUUGCUCUGGACCUGCAAGAAAGAUACAUUAUUAUUUUCAGUCAAUAACAUUUCAAAUAAUAAAAACACAAACAAACGCACAAUUCUAUCCACUAUUGCUCAAGUGUUCGAUCCACUUGGUUUGAUUAAUCCUUGCAUGUUACAGGCAAAACUUAUCCUGCAAACUCUGUGGUCUAAGAAUAUCACAUGGGAUGAUCAGUUGCCUGCCGAAGUUGAGUCGCAAUGGCAUAAAUUUAUUCAGGACUUGCCAGAAAUUUCUAAAAUUGAAAUUCCUCGUAGAGUGUUGUGUGAUUUGUACGUUAAGGUAGAAUUACACGCUUUUUCCGAUGCCUCCAUUAAGGCCUUCUCAGCUUGUAUAUAUGUACGCACAGUGUCCGACACUGGAAAUGUACAAGUACGGUUGCUACUUGCAAAGAGCAGAGUGGCGCCACUCAAGCAAAGGCUAACUAUGCCCAAGCUGGAGCUUUGCGGCGCCCUUUUAGCAACAAGGUUAAUGAAAAAGGUGAUAAGUUCAUUACGUCUAGGAAUUGAUUCCUCAUGUUUUUGGUGCGACUCAACUAUUGUACUGGGCUGGAUUAAAACAUGCAAAUCAAAAUUAAAACAAUUUGUUUACAAUAGAAUUAAUUACAUUACCAACAAUUCAGACCCAAAUUCAUGGAGUUAUGUUCCCACAGAAAUGAACCCGGCUGAUAUAGGUUCACGCGGGCUCAACGCGUCACAACUACAAUCUUCACUUUUGUGGUGGGGAGGUCCCCAUUUCCUACAUCAAACAGACAUGCAGAUGCCUACACAACCACAAAAUAUAAAUAUUACUAGCUUGCCGGAAAUUAAACAUCAAUGUUAUUUGUCAGCAGAUGAGUCACAUUGUCAUACUGAUGACUAUUUCACAAGAUUUUCUAAUUUCAAUAAAUUACAAUGUACCCUAGCUUACGUACAAAGAUUUAUUUUUAACUGUCAACAUACUGGCAAUAAAAUGACAGGUCCAUUGACUGUCAAAGAGCUGAACACUGCGCUAAAGGUGUUAUGCAAACAAAUACAGCGUGAUUCAUAUUGUAAACAAUAUUUACAGUUAAUGCACAAACGUCAAUUGUCUCCUAAGGACAAACUUCUCAAAUUAAAUCCAUUUAUUGAUCAUGAAGGUAUUAUAAGAGUGGGAGGUAGAUUGUUAAACUCGCACUACGACUACAACACAAAGCAUCCUAUCUUACUCGACGCAUCACAUCACAUAACCAAAAUAUUAGUCGCACAUUAUCAUAAAAUUCUUUUACACGCUGGACCACAGCUGUUGUUAGCUACAUUACGUCACAAAUACUGGAUAGUCAAUGGUCGUAAUCUCUGUAGGAAAAUAACUCGAGAUUGCAUAUGUUGUCUUAGAUUUGCAGGUAAAACUUACCAGCCUAUCAUGGGCAACCUACCUCUGCAAAGAUUGCAAGCAGAUUAUCCCUUCAGUAAUACAGCUGUGGACUACGCGGGUCCUAUCCUGAUAUCAAACAGAAAAGGUCGUGGCACUCAGCUAAAAAAAUCAUACAUAGCUGUUUUUGUUUGCCUAGCAGUGAGGGCAGUGCACAUAGAACUCGUAACCGAUUUGAGUUCUGAAGGCUUUAUUGCAGCCUUAAAUCGGUUUGUUGCCCGCAGAGGUAAGCCGGCUACAAUCUAUUCCGAUAAUGGAACUAAUUUCGUGGGUGCUUGCAACGAAAUAACUAAGUUUUUAAAAACUCAGUCUUACGAUAUUAUUUCAAACGCUGCUGAAAAUGACAUCAUUUUCAAAUUUAGUCCAGCCUAUAGCCCACAUUUUAAUGGCGUAGCAGAAGGGUCAGUUAAAUCAAUUAAAAAACAUUUAAAUCAUGUAUUGUCAAUGGCUCAUUUAGAUUACGAAGAAAUGAACACUGUACUGAUUCAAAUUGAGGCAAUACUAAAUUCUAGACCUCUCACUCCAAUUUCAUCUGAUCCAUCAGAUUUAAUUCCACUCACGCCAGCGCACUUCUUAAUUGGACGUACACUCACUAUGCUGCCUGCUCCCCAGGUCGACCAGGCUCCACUUCACACGCUAUCCAGAUAUAAAAGGGUACAAGCAUUAAAAACACAUUUUUGGAAUCGUUACUACAAAGAGUACGUUUCAGAAUUGCAGAUCCGAAACAAAUGGCGGACUGACAGAGGACAACCGCAGCCAGGAGAUAUGGUUAUAAUCAAAGACGACCGACUGCCUCCCAAUCGAUGGCUGCUAGGCCGUAUCACCAACGUCUACCCAGGCAUGGACGGCGUCAACAGGGUGGCAGACGUAGCAACUACUUCAGGAACUAUACGCAGAGCUUGGAACAGGCUCUGUCCACUACCAAUGAAAUUGGACCAGCAUGAUGCUCCUGCUCCAAGGGGGCCAGUUUGUUAACGCCGAACCGCGCGCCCGCGCAUCGCCAGGCGGUGCAGGCCGGCGCGCCUGCGUGGAUUCAUUCCGCCACUGGCCGACCCAACGGUCACACGCACUUGUGCAGCAUCGCUCGCCUCGAGAGUUACACGUGUAUGGUGUAUCAUAGAUUUAGCUUGCCUAAUUAAAGUGAUUUAUCUCUCCAUACACCGUGUCAUCAUUUUCAACAACCCUC